AUGCUAACACUUUUGAGGAAGCAAGCUAUCAGGGCUUCGUCAAGAGUAUUGACUCGAGUUGUAUCGAAACCUACGAUUGCACUUGCCAGUUACUCGCACACAUUGUUUAAAUCUCCUCGUACUUUUUCCCGCAACUAUAACCCAGGACAGCAACCACCUCCGCAAGCAUUCCCUGCGCCACCACCCCAGCCGCCACCAGGAUAUGCGAAGCGCACUCGCAACCGAGUUUUUUUUGCAACAGCUCUUCUUUUCUUGACAUUAUAUGCCGGUUGGAAGUAUUUGACAUUUCAUCGGUAUCCCCCCACAGUUGCGGAUAAGUUACGCAAGGCAUUGUUUGAAGAGUACAAUGAAAACUAUGCUGAUGCUUUGAAGUACUUUUUGGAAGCACUGCAAGAGCUGGACAGAUUGCACGAAGAAAAAAUGAAGGAAAUUCAGCCUCAGAAGAAAGGCCAGCAGCCUGGUACUCUUCCUGCGAAUAUUCGCCUCGACAAUGACUUCUUUUAUAUUAGCGAUGAGUACACUGGUCUUCAGAUUCGAAUUGCACAAGUUUAUGAGAAGCUUUCUCUUGAAGAAGAUGCUAUCAACAUGUAUCGUGAGAUUGAGAGUGUUUACAUGCAUGCACUUAGGGCCAAUAUGAUUCCUGAGAACAAACGACUUGAGAUUAUUAAGCGUAGUUUGGGUUUGUCGCUGACUGCUGCAGCUCUUUCUACUGGUUAUCCUGACAGGGUUUUGGAAACUUCGAUUUCGCUUGCUGCCCACUUUUCUAUUGCACAAAAGGAACUGGAGAAACUGCAUCCAGAACUUGCUCCUUUGUUUGAGGAGGAGACAUUGCGGGUUUCAAUUCCUGGAACACUGCCCAGCUCUCCUGAAAGUGUUGGAGUGCGCGCUGAAUCAUCUCAGGCCGAAAAGGAUGGGAGUACUCGUCGUGUGAGAGUGAAGAUUUCUAUAAACGUUUCUGAUACGCCUGAAGCAGUCGAGGCACGCUUGAAAGCAGCUGAGCUUUGGGAGCCUUUUAGAGCCGAGCUUUUCUCUGCUCGUUUGGUUUUUGCAAUUCUCAGCAUAAGCCAAAAGGAUUAUCCUACUGCAAUUGAAUCGACAUUCAAUACUACCAAAUGGAUGGUUGCUGCCGGAUUCCCCUUGGAUGAUGUUUUGACGUCAUUUUUUACAGCAGGGACUUAUCUUUAUUUGCAAGCUGAAGAGAUUGAAAUGCAAAAUUGGCUUUCGGAAGAACAUAAAAAAAAUGAAAAGGAUCCCAUCAAGCUAAAAGAUUUCACUUACGAUGAUUUUAAAGAUCAGUUUAGACAGGAACUUGAAACGCCGUUUUUCCCUAAACCGCCUCCAGGAUCUGUCUCUAAUGAGUCUUUGGACAAUGCUGGAAUCAUUUUCCAAUCGAUUAUGACCAUCAUUAAUAACUUGCCUAGUAGUGUUCGACGCAAGGGUACGAUUGACGAGAUUUAUGCUUUGGCCAUGUACUCGCUUGGAGUUGUGAACCUACACUCGGGAGACUUGGACAAGGCUCAGGAGCUACUUCGCGAGGCUCGUCUUCGAGCCAAGGGAUGUUCGUUUGAGGUUCUUGCUGAUCAGGCAGACAAUGAGCUUGCAACAGUUGACGAUUUGCGCAAGUAUAAGGAGAGUGGCAAUAAGGAUGAAUAUUUGAAUGGAUUGUAUAAUCGAAUGGGUGGCCGUCACUUGGUUAUGGAUUACCGUGUGGUACCGUUGCCGGAUGAUGCACCAUUGUCUUUGUCUAGUCUUUCGAAGUCUUAA